AGCAUGACGUAACAAUAUGUCCCCCCUCUAGCAUUCACGGUCCAGAACCUCCUCUCCUCACCAUUUGGAAGUAACGAUAGUCAGUCGAGUGAGGUAACAGGGGGAAACAAAAGGGCAGAAGGUGGGGUGGGCUCCAGAUUUUGACAGGAACGCAUAGGGACUGCUUCCAAUAACCCGGAGCGAUGUUUUCCCUCUCUACAACUUUUCAUCCACAGGUCACAGUGCCACUGAGCCACCUUAUCAAUGUCCUCCAUUCCAUCAAAACCUCAGCCAGCUCUGCAGCCACAGCAUCUGUGCAGAGUCUGCAAAAGGAUCUCCCACCAGAGCAGGAUCCCUUGCUCAAAGAGCCCACAGUGAGCUUACGGGAGCUGGGCUUGUCUGACCUAGGAGUUGGUCAGCUCAGCGAGCUGGUCUGCAGGCUCCUGCCCAGGUUGAGCCCGGGACAAAGUCGAGUCCCAGCUCUCCCUCACUCCUCUCCCAGCUGGAGAACAUCCCACAUCUCCACUGACUCUUUCUUCAGUAACAAACAUGGGUUCUCCAGAGGAGUGGGGCUGUUCCAGCCUUCAGCAUUCCACAGACCAGGCUCUAGUCCUCUACAGGCAGUCUGCUCAGAGCUCCAGCACUGGCCUGUAUGGGUCCAGCAUCGAGGCUUCAAGACGCUGAAGUCCAAAACGAGGCGUACCCAGGCGGGCUAUGAGAGCCCAGCCGAGCCGGAAGGCUUCACUCCAGCCUUCAUGAAGGGUCUGCUGAUGAAGGAGAAGCCCCCAGAGAUGGACAGUGUGGAUGGCAUAAUGAAACAGAGGAAUCUGUCUGGCCAGGAGCAAGAUGCCUUUAAGUCCGGCUUCACUGAAGGCUUCAUGAAGUCCCAGUCUUUCACCCAAAGAACACAAGAUUCACUAAGGAGAACGCGCCUGAUCCUAUUGGUCCUCCUCCUGGUUGGCAUCUAUGGCUUGGCCAAGACCCCGUUCCUUUCGGGUAAAGGCUCCUUUUCUGAUGCUGUGCGCUUCCGCACCACCUCUGGCCUGGAUUCAGCGGUGGACCCGGUCCAGAUGAAGAAUGUGACCUUUGAGCACGUGAAGGGCGUCGAGGAGGCCAAGAACGAGCUGCAGGAGGUGGUGGAGUUCCUCCGGAACCCCCAGAAGUUCACCGUUUUAGGUGGAAAGCUCCCCAAAGGCAUCCUGCUGGUGGGGCCCCCAGGCACAGGGAAGACGCUGCUGGCCAGAGCCGUGGCUGGAGAGGCUGACGUGCCCUUCUUCUAUGCCUCUGGCUCCGAGUUCGAUGAGAUGUUUGUGGGCGUGGGAGCCAGCCGCAUCAGGAACCUAUUCAAGGAGGCAAAGGCCAAUGCCCCGUGCGUGAUCUUCAUCGAUGAGCUGGACAGCGUGGGUGGCAAGAGAAUCGAAUCUCCCAUGCACCCCUACUCCAGACAGACCAUCAACCAGCUGCUAGCAGAGAUGGAUGGGUUUAAGCCAAAUGAAGGGGUCAUCGUCAUUGGUGCCACAAACUUUGCUGAGGCUUUAGAUAAUGCCUUGGUCCGUCCAGGGAGAUUUGACAUGCAAGUGACUGUCCCUCGGCCAGAUGUGAAAGGACGCACCGAGAUCCUCAACUGGUACUUGAAGAAAAUCAAGAUGGAUGAGGCUAUUAAUGCAGAGGUCAUUGCCAGAGGCACUGUGGGCUUCACUGGGGCUGAGCUGGAGAACUUGGUCAACCAGGCUGCUCUCAAGGCCGCCAUCGAUGGCAAAGACAUGGUCACCAUGAAGGACCUGGAGUUCGCUAAGGACAAGAUCCUCAUGGGCCCCGAGCGCAAGAGUGUGGAGAUCGACAAGAAGAACAAGACCAUCACCGCCUACCACGAGUCUGGCCACGCCAUCGUGGCCUACUUCACCAAAGAUGCCAUGCCCAUCAACAAAGCUACCAUCAUGCCCCGCGGACCUACUCUUGGUCAUGUGUCCAUGCUGCCCGAGAACGACCGCUGGAGUGAGACGCGAGCACAGCUGCUGGCCCAGAUGGACGUCAGCAUGGGGGGACGCGUGGCCGAGGAGCUCAUAUUCGGAGACGAGAACAUCACCACAGGUGCAUCAAGUGACUUUGAUGGAGCCACCAGAAUAGCCAAGAUGAUGGUGACUCGCUUUGGGAUGAGCGACAAGCUGGGUGUGAUGACCUACACCGACCUAACCAAGCAGAGUCCGGAGACACAAGCUGCCGUCGAACAGGAAGUCAGGGUCCUGCUACAGGAUUCUUACGAACGUGCUAAGAACCUCCUGAAGAGGUACAGCAAAGAGCACGAGAAGCUGGCCGACGCCCUGCUGACCUACGAGACGUUGGACGCGAAGGAGAUCAAGCUGGUGCUGGAGGGCAAGGCCCUCGACCCCAGAUGAUGUCGCCCGCGGAGAAGACUGAUACCAAUGCCCCAUGUGUAAAUAUCUUCCAGUGCAAUUAUGUUGCAGGGAUGACAAAGACUUAGUUUUGUUUCUUUCCUUUUUUCUUCCUCCUUUUUUUUUUUUUUUUUAAACAACUUUCAGCCCAUUUUUUACACCCAAAUGUAGCCAGUCGAGUUGCCUCCCCCCCCCAAAAAAAUCUCCUUUCAGGAAUCCAUUUGGUCAUCAACAUCCGCUUAAUUCUUUUUAGUAUUUUUUUUAUAUACAUAUAUCAGGACGUUCCGGCUUGUAAAAGCUUCUCUAAAUCUCCCACCUGCAUGGUGAGUCUCAGUCUCACUCUGCAGUAUCAGAUAUACUUUCAUAGAGAAUCCCAUCACGUAAUGAUGUUUUACAUUGUAACAGUUGAGGGGAAUAAAUAAACCUUUAGUUGCAAAGCAACUACUACUGGAUAUCGCCUCAAAUAGCCUUUCUGUGAUCAGGAUAUUUGUGGAGACUUGGGAUUAGCUCUCCACUUUUUACUGCAGCUGUGAGAAAAACCUAGAAUGUGAAGGCAUAUUUAGUGAACUCCUGAUGUAGUCUCUCUUCAGCAACACAUUUAGAGUGACUUUGGAACGUCAGUAUUCUUCCAUAGCAACCCCCCUCCCCCCCUCUUUGCAUCAUGUAAUGGUUGGAGUGAUCAGUCUGUAAAUUGUAAAUUCUAGGUUUUCUUGUCUUCGAGUAGUUGGACAGGGUUGACUUCCCUCUCGGCUUGAAUUAGAGUUUAAAUUGUUGCAUUCAAAUAAAGAUGACUGUAACGAUUUUAUCCAUUUAAGUUAUUUAUUCAGGUGGAGCCAGCUGGCUCUAUCUUCUCUCCAUAUGCUUGAAUCAAUAUGUAAGAGAGAUUUAAAAAAGUCAGUGUAUAUAAGUGUGCGUAUAUGAAUGUUAACCAAUACCGUUACCCACGUCUGUUUAUGAAAAUCCAAAAAAAAAAAUCCUUGUGCUAUGGAAACUAUGAAUAAAGGCCUCCAUAACUUUU